AUGUCGUUUGACGAUAUUCUGACUACGAUCGUACAAUCUUACACGACGCUCGAGACCAGCAUCGGGGCCGUGGCGCGACUCAAAACCUUCAGCGACACGGUAACUCCAGAAACCGGGCCCACGAGGACAUCAUUCCCAAAGAAAACUGGCCGGAACAAGGCGCAAUCAAUGUCAAAGCAGUUUCGGCGUCUUAUGGAGCCCCUCAAGUUGCAUCAGGCGCAGAAGUGGAAACAAAGCAAUCAGAUGAACUGGCCAUUCGAGACCUGCACCUUUCGGUUCGCCCAGCUAUAUGCGGCCAAGGAGCACCUUGCCGAGAAGGGUGAGCCGCGCAUGCUCAAGGAGCAGGAGGGGAGCAUGUCAGAGGCCUAUGGAACAGCAGCAGAACUGCAGAGGAAUAAGAGAUCUUGUCCUUGGCCGGCGAACAGGAUCAGCAGACGACCUGAUGAUGGCAUUCGACGAGGCGAAGACGUUCUUUGA